AUGAUUCAAUAUCCACAUGGUUAUGAAUUACCAGAAAAAAUGCCAAUAGUUUAUGAAGCUUCUCUGGAUUUCCCAUGGAAUGACACGAUUGAACUGAUUUACACUAGUGCUCCUGAAUCACCUGGAUUUAUAUGGCUUUUUGGUCAAGGAGUUGUGGGUCAAAUUGAACAUAUGUUCUGUUUACUUGGUCAUCGAAAAACAAGGAUGAAAGAUGCGAAAAAAUCGACUAUUUUCAAUGAUUAUAUAGCUUUCCUUUGUCAUCUUUCUCAAGAACUGGAAUUUGAAGACAAACUAACCAUUGUAAACGGAGAAAAAAUUGUGAAUUCAGUUGCACGAUACAAUCCACAGUAUCAUCAAACAAUUAACAAGCCGCGAUAUUUUCUAUGCUUUGUUACAACUAUUAGAAAUAUGGCAUAUUUGGUGGAUGAAUGGUAUGAAUAUCAUCGUCGUGUAGGUUUUGAUCAUCUAAUAAUUUAUGAUAACAAUUCAACGGAUGGUCUCGGAAAGUUGUUUGUGAAUAGAACUGAUCUUGAAAUUAUUCGAUGGCCAUGGAGGCGAUCCCAACAUCAAGCAUACACACAUGCUCUGUUGUUUACAAGAGAUCGAUGUGUUUGGACUCUAUUCUCUGAUCUUGACGUUUUUAUAUUUCCACGAUCAUCAAAUUCAGUUCGAAGUGUUAUACAAAACCAAGCAACCUCAGAUAUUGCUCAAAUUAGUUUUAAGUUACUCAGAAUGUCUCAUGAAAAUCUUGUCGAAUGUUUCAAUGCUUCGAUUACAGAAACUUAUAUUCAUCGAAAACAAUUACCGGAUGCUUGGGAUAAAAGUCCAUCGGCAGCAGUUAUCACUUCACUCGCUGUACCGAUACAUCGAAUACACACAGCUUCAUUAUUGAAACCUUACAAAUCUAUCACAUUAUCAUCAGAUAUUGCCUAUGGUGUCCAUUAUAGUGAUCGUUGCUGGAAACAGUACUUUCUUCAGAAAGUCGUCGGCCGAACCGGUGUCAAAGAUUGGAUUGUACCUAGAACUGUUAACAUACUCCAUCCAAGUGAGAAUUGGCAGAAACUAUCGAAAGCAGCAACGAUAAAAGAUACCGAAUUUCGAGACUUCAAACGUAAGAUCAUGCGAAUGCCUAUGCCAAAACCUGUUCUAUUUCGAUGA